CUCAUUUCAUGUUGUCCACGUCCUCAAUAAUAAUCAACCAAUAGGAAAACAGAAAUGCUCUACGUCCGACACUAUUUUACAGAAAAAAAAUGAAACUGUGUUUGGGCUCUGCAUUAAUUUAAAAGGCCCAGACUAUUUUUCUUAUUCUCCAUCUCUGCCCUAGAAACAUCAAAAAAAAAAAAAAAACACGCUAUGAUUCCACUUCGUCUUCUCCGAUUUCCUCCAUCCAAUCUCAGUUACUAAACUUAUCUGCAUCAAUCAAUUGUGCUCUUCAAUACCUUCAUUAUAAAAUCCUUUCGCAUCCCUCUCUUUCUCCUCCUUUGUAAACCAUAUUCGUCAUAUGUUGUCAUAAGUUGCGAGUCACCGAAAAAACAGAUAAAGGAUCGUUGAUUGUACGGCUGUGCCUACACACAAGGCGCGAUCGACAACAAAAUUCACGAGUUUGUGGUUACAAAGGCACAAUUCAUCACCAUCCUUAGGAGGAGUACUUCAUUAUAUCAGGGAAUGCUUAUAGGUUUAGACUGUCUAACUUCUAGGUAAUCAGUUCCUCCCUGACAUAUUUUAUUGAUACAUGAGUAUCUACUGAUAUGCAGGUUCAAUACAUAUUGCACCGUGAGUUUACGAUGUUUUGAAUAUAAGUUUUUGACUAAUUGGAUUAUCAUGAGAGCAUCUAAAUAUCCAAGGGGAGAUUCCUUUUCAUGUUACUUUUGCUUCUUCAAUUUUUCUGGUUCCAUGGAAUAAAAGUAAGUUGUGCCUAUCAUGUUUUUUUAGUUAAUAGUUGCUUGCUUUAUCCGUUUUACACUGUUCUUCUCCAUGUAAUGAAAAGGAUUUUGAAGAUCUUACAAAUUUAAGGAGAGAGAAAGAUCGUAUGUGUGACUUCAGGCGGAACUACGGUUCGGUUGGAGCAACGCUGGGUUCCUCUUUGUGUGCCGUAAACUUCAACAGGUAGAUUUUCUCUCUGUUUCUUUGCUUGCAAAACUGUAGGAGAUGGAUUGCAUCCCUCCACAAGGCCCAUCAAAUAACAGGCCGUAGCCCGACAAUUUCGGUUGAGUUUAGUCGGCUUAGCGGCUAAAGACGUCGGCUCGACCCUAGAGUACUUUAAGCCAAUCGGCUAAGAUGAUCAGUCGUACUCGGCUUAGACGAAAUAAUACCAAGGCCCGCAUACUCGGCCUUUGGUGACAGGGCCCAUAGGAUAAGUGCGAUUAGGGCAUCACGAACAGAGGCGCUAUAAGAGUGGAGGAGGAGGCAACGAGCAGAGGACUUUUGGACAACCUACACACUAAGCGGCUAGAUCUAGGGUUUCUAAACGAUCAUUCUGAUCUUGUUGCUUAGACCUCACAUCUUGUCUCCUUAUUUCCCAUCAAUCUUGUAACCCUUUGUCGGAUUCUAAUAAAAAACGUCUUUAGUCACCCAUCCUGAAGUUCAUCAUUCCGAUCAACUGAAUCUCGUACAAACAAUUGGCGCCCACCGUGGGGCGACUAAAGUAACGUUCUAGAUCUACAUGGCUCAAGACGACGCCGCCUUCGGCGCUCCGGGCGAGGAACCGACGCCUACUCCUGCAGCCGCGCCACCCAUUACCUCAGAUUUCAUGAGCUCCGUCAUGUCUCGACUCGCUCGCCAAGACGAAGUCCAAAAGACAACCAACGACCAACUCGCUGCGUUGGUCGCGGCGCUCACAGCUCCUGACGGACAGACGAGCCGUUCCCAACAGAUACGACGCCGCCUCUUCAACACAAACCCUACGGCCACCGGAGCCGAUCAUGUCUCCGACGACUCGGAGCCCAACGAAGCCCUUCUCGCAGAUGCUCUCCCAGCAGGUCCAUAUCUCACUACAAUACGCGAGCUCGCUGAGCUCAAACUCAGCCUUCAACAAAUGGGCGAAAAGAUCCACCAAGUAACCAGCGCAGCUCCCCAAAUAGAGAGUGUACUCGCCGCAACCUCACGUACUCCUUUUAUUCGCGCGCUGACUAGCGUGCAACUCAGGAAGAUAGAGAAGCUGCGCCUACCCGAGUAUAAGCCCGGCGGAGACCCGGUGGAACAUAUGACAGCUUUUAACAUCGCGAUGGCGCGAGCUCGACUCCCUAACGACGAAAGGGACGCAGGUUACUGCCAGAUGUUCGUUGAGACUCUUCACGAGCAAGCCCUGACUUGGUUCUCCCAGUUGGAGGAGAACUCGAUCGGAUGUUUCCGCGACUUAUCAGCAGCUUUUCUCAAGACUUACAUUAUGUUCACCAAGCGCAGCGCCACUGCCUCUAGCUUGUGGUUAGCCAGAGUCUUCGCGACUACAUGGAGAAGUUCAAAGCCGUAGUCUCCAGGAUUGACAUUCCAGACGGUAUUGCCAUUGACGCCUUGCGAAACACUUUGUGGGUUCGUUCUAAAUUCCGGGAGGAUUUAUACCAAAAUCCAACUACGUCGCUUCAGGACGCUAUCGCGCGAUCCGACAACUUCAUCCGAAUGGAAGAAGAUACCAACGCCAUUCUCAGCAAGAUGAACGCACCCAAAGCGCCAGCGGCUAAAAACGCCAACACGCGACAAGAGCCGCGCCAGCACGCUCCAAACGACAAAAACGGCCGCAAAGACGGAUACAUGUAUGUCGUCAACGAGAAUAACGAACCGAUCUCUACUCUCGUGGUUCGCGGAGAGGGGUGGAACAAGUGGGUAAGAGAACUCGAAACAUCCGACAAACAAGUCGACACUGUUUGCACCACCCAACCUACGGCGGGAGCCGGAUCAGCAGCGGGGCCUUCCAGGACCAUCGAUCUCACCAAGCACUGCAAAUAUCACGACGUCAAGGGACACGAUACAACGGAAUGCAAAUCUCUCUACGCACAUUAUCUCUCUUCUCUCGCGAGCGGCGGGUUUAAGUUCGAGCCCUUGAAAACUAAACCAAAGAACGGUAAAAGCUGGAGCAAGAAUAAGGAAAGAAGAGCCCAACGCAAAGCCACAGGAAAAGGACAGCAAAACGAUGCUUCGCGACGAGAUGACGAGGAACAAGCCCCGAAGGAUAACGGCGAGGGAGAUUCCUCAGCCGACGAAGAGCACCCGGCUAACCGCAGACGCAUCGAGGUGAUACUCUCUCAGCAAUCCUUGUCGUCCGAUGAAGAGAACGACGAUGCUCUUGUAUUCGGAGAUCUGAGAGACGUCCUUAAACGGAAGUUCGAAUCAGAAAACGAAAGCACUUCCAAGCACAGAGAUCUCCGAACAAUGCUGGAUGCACGGAAGUCUCGACGCAUCUCGGCAAGCGACGCUAACGACAACGAAAGACCAGUUAGCGAUCUCCGAGAUAAACUCAAUUCCGGCGCAUGCGAUCUUCGCGUAAAGCUCAACCGUUCAAAACCAACAGACUUACGACGACAGUUGGAGCGAGUUAAAGGUCAGUCUCAAUCUUCACCACCCGAGACCAGCAUAUCCAAAGACCUCCGCGCCCUACUGGACUCUAAGCGAGUACAAGCGGGGCAGUCUUUGAACGUUAUCAUGGGAGGCUCCCCCCCUAACGGGGACUCAGUCCGUUCCGUGAAAGAUUAUCGUCGACAAGUCGCGACGUCCCAGAAAUGGCCGACUAAACCGACAAGUCAUCCUCCGAUAACCUUCUCACCAGAUGACGCUGUGGGUGUCCACACGCCCCAUAAUGAUCCACUCCUCGUCGUCCUUGGAAUUGGAGAGUACGAUGUCACCAAAAUCCUUAUCGACACCGGAAGUUCCGUCGAUCUCAUCUUCCGAGAAACCCUGCAGAAGAUGGGAGUCGACCUCGAUGACAUAAAAGCGUCCUCCAGAACGUUAACCGGAUUCAACGGGUCUUCAGAAACUAUCUUGGGAACGAUCCGCCUCCCGGUGCGUGCAUGCGGCGUUACUCGAACAGUCAAGUUUGCCGUCGUAAGCACGAAAGCUCCGUAUCACGCUAUACUCGGUACCCCUUGGUUACACUCAAUGCAAGCCAUUCCUUCCACUUACCACCAGUGCGUCAAGUUCCCUGGCACGGACGGGAAGAUUAAAACGUUGCGCGGGGACCAGAGAGCCGCCAGAGAUCUCCUAGUCGCCACAGUCAAACUUCAGCGGUCGUCAUUAUCCGUAAACUCAGUAUCUACUCCAACCUCAAAAGUCUGCUCUCAAGAAAGCGAAGUCCUAGAGUUACCUAUUGACGACGUCGACCAGAGUCGAAUUGUGAGGGUUGGCGCGUACCUUUCUGAGGAAAUGCAGCAGUCAAUUCUGGAUUUUCUCAGAAAGAACAUUUCCACGUUCGCUUGGUCUAUGGCAGACAUGAAAGGCAUUGAUCCGACUAUAACGACUCAUGAACUAAAUGUCGAUCCAACUUUCAAGCCCAUCCGCCAGAAGAGACGCAAACUCGGUCCCGAUAGGUCUAAGGCUGUAAAUGAAGAAGUCGACCGGUUACUCGGUGCAGGUUCGAUUGCCGAAGUCCGCUACCCCGAAUGGUUGGCGAACCCAGUAGUCGUCAAAAAGAAAAAUGGCAAGUGGCGCGUCUGCGUCGACUUUACCGACUUAAAUAAAGCCUGCCCAAAGGACAGCUACCCUCUUCCCAACAUCGACCGUUUAGUCGAGUCUACGGCUGGAAACGAGAUGCUAACCUUUAUGGACGCUUUCUCUGGAUACAACCAAAUAAUGAUGCACCCGGACGAUCGCGAGAAGACAGCCUUCAUCACAGAUAGGGGAACCUACUGCUAUAAGGUCAUGCCGUUCGGCUUAAAGAACGCUGGAGCAACCUACCAACGGCUCGUAAACAAGAUGUUCGCAGAUAAAUUGGGUAUCACCAUGGAAGUAUACAUCGACGACAUGCUGGUUAAGUCUCUCCACGCCACUGAUCACCUCAGUCACCUGCAAGAAUGCUUCGAAACUCUCAACAAGUACGGCAUGAAGCUGAACCCGGCAAAGUGCACGUUCGGAGUCUCCUCUGGCGAGUUCCUCGGCUACAUUGUCACGCAGCGAGGAAUUGAGGCGAACCCGAAACAGAUAUCCGCGGUCCUGAACCUCCCGAGUCCAAAAAACAGUAGAGAAGUACAACGACUCACGGGGAGAAUAGCCGCUCUAAACCGGUUCAUUGCCAGAUCCACUGACAAGUGCUUGCCUUUCUACGAUCUCCUGAGAGGAAACAAGAAGUUCAUUUGGGACGAGAAGUGCGAGGAGGCAUUUACUCAACUCAAGCAAUACCUGACAACACCUCCUGUACUCGCUAAGCCGGACGUCGGUGACGUCCUGUCUCUCUAUGUCGCAGUAUCACAAGCUGCCGUCAGCAGCGUCCUGAUAAAGGAAGACCGCGGCGAGCAAAAGCCCAUCUUCUAUACGAGCCGGCGCAUGACCGGGCCAGAAACGCGAUACCCGACUCUGGAGAAGAUGGCCUUAGCAGUCGUCGAAGCAGCGAGAAAGCUUCGACCCUAUUUCCAAUCGCAUUCGGUAGAAGUGUUGACUGAUCAGCCUCUCCGAACGAUACUCCAAAACACCAACAGGUCUGGAAGACUCACAAAGUGGGCCAUUGAACUUGGCGAGCUCGAUAUCAUCUACAAGAACCGCACUGCAGCAAAGUCACAGGUUCUUGCGGACUUCUUGGUCGAACUGGCCCCAGAGUUGGAACAAGAUCUCGCACUCCCAAGUUUGAACUGGACGCUGCACGUCGAUGGAUCGUCGACCAACAAAGGAGCAGGCGCCGGAGUCCAAUUACAGUCUCCGACCGGAGAGCUAAUCAGACAGUCUUUUAGCUUUGGCUUUCCCGCUUCAAACAACGAGGCAGAAUACGAAUCUUUGAUCGCCGGACUCCGCUUAGCAAAAGCCGUAAAAGCUAAACGACUAAGCGCCUAUUGCGACUCCCAGUUAGUCGCCAAUCAGUUCAGUGGCGACUACGAUGCCCGCAACGAUCGAAUGGACGCCUAUCUCAAAAUAGUGCAAAGCCUAGCAGCAGAGUUUGAGUCCUUCGAACUCAUCAAAGUUCCCAGAGGCGAAAACAUCUGCGCCGACGCCCUCGCAGCCCUUGGUAGCAAGCUUCAUGACCAAGUUAAACGAACAAUCCCGAUACAUCGUAUCGAGAAACCAAGCAUCGAUAUUCUGACCGACAAAACCCUCAUCGCCCAGGUUGUCGAGCCCAUUGCUCCAGACGACGACGGAUUUGGCCCAGAUUGGAGAACUGAGUUCAUCGACUACCUCUCGAAGGGGGAACUCCCAGCAGAAAAAUGGGCAGCCCGCCGGCUAAAAACCCGCAGCGCCCAUUACGUCGUUCUCGACGAUGAACUGCACAGAUGGACGGCGAGUAAAGUCCUCCUCAAAUGCAUCCAUGGCGAUGAGACAGCAAGGGUUAUGGCAGAGACGCAUGAAGGCGCUGGCGGAAAUCAUUCGGGCGGACGCGCGUUAGCAAUCAAAGUAAGGAGCUUAGGGUUCUUUUGGCCGACAAUGAACGCUGAUUGCGAGUCAUACGCGAGAAGCUGCGACAAGUGCCAACGACACGCCCCCAGCAUCCAUUGCCCAACCGAGAUGUUGCGCACAACCACCGCCCCUUACCCGUUCAUGCGAUGGGCGAUGGAUAUCAUAGGACCGCUUCCUUGUUCCCGCCAAAGACGCUUCAUCCUGGUCCUCACCGACUACUUCACUAAAUGGAUCGAAGCUGAAGCAUACGCUCAAGUCACAGACAAAGAAGUCCGCGGUUUCGUCUGGAAAAACAUUAUUUGCCGCCAUGGUCUACCUUAUGAAAUUGUCACCGACAACGGAUCGCAGUUCAUGUCAGGUAAUUUCAAGGAGUUCUGUAGCAAGUGGAACAUUCGAUUAAGCCCCUCCACCCCUCGCUACCCGCAAGGUAACGGACAGGCAGAAUCCUCAAACAAACUCAUCAUCGAUGGCAUUAAGAAGCGUCUGGACCUGAAAAAGGGUCACUGGGCCGACGAACUCGACGGAGUCCUAUGGAGCCACCGCACAACCCCGCGAGGAUCGACUAAAGCGACACCUUUCUCCCUCGCCUACGGAGUCGAAGCAAUGGCUCCUGCUGAAGUUAACGUUUCAAGCCUUCGACGUUCCAAGAUGCCUCAAUACGUCGAGCUCAACAAGGAGAUGCUACUCGAUGCCCUCGAUGAGAUAGAGGAACGACGAGACCAGGCUCUGCUGCGCAUCCAGAAUUACCAACACCAGAUCGAAAGCUACUAUAACAAAAAGGUUCGAGCCCGACCUCUGGAACUCGGCGACCUCGUCAUGCGCAAUGUGUUCGAAAACACUAAGGAGUUAAACGCCGGCAAACUCGGCGCCAGGUGGGAAGGACCUUACAAAAUCAUUAAAGUCGUCAAACCUGGCGUAUACAGACUCCAAACGUCGCGCGGCGAAGAAGUCCCACGUUCAUGGAACUCAAUGCACCUACGACGCUUCUACCCGUAGGAGUAUGUCUUAAAAAAAAAAAAAAAAAACCGAGUAGAUGCACCCUAUGGUCACUUCUACUCGACCGAGUAAAUGCGCCACUCACGGCCACUUUUACUCGGGAAAAACGAACUACGAAUGGCUUGAUCCUCAACCGAGGUACGUAGGCAGCCUUAAACAGGUUCAGCUGUAACAAAAAAAAAACCGAGUAGAUGCACCCUAUGGUCACUUCUACUCGACCGAGUAAAUGCGCCACUCACGGCCACUUUUACUCGGGAAAAACGAACUACGAAUGGCUUGAUCCUCAACCGAGGUACGUAGGCAGCCUUAAACAGGUUCAGCUGUAACAAAACCAAAGUCAAAA